AGAAGCAGCUGUUUUGUAUUUCAAAAUACAUAGUCUUUAAUUUUAUUGAGAAAUGAUCGUUAAAGUGUCGAAAAUAGGAAUCACUUUUAGAAUAAAAACACAAAUGUCAAAAUAUCCCUCAAAAGAAUCCAUUAGUAGCAUAUUAUGACCAGGUUGAAUUGUUUUGGGAAGAAAUUUUCCCCAACACCGGUUUUUCCUUCGCGCACGACUGCCUGUUCUAUUUUCGAUAUUAUACAGAGAUUCAUUUGACGUGCGGUGUGGUCACACGUGGCUUAAUACCGAAUGAAAACAUUUAGUCCCAACAAAACACGGAUUAACAUAGAAAGAUUUUAAGGACCUUUUACACAUGAUUUUGUUGGAACAGGAUUUGUAUGGCGUUCUGUUAACGGAGUGUGGCGAUCUAGCUGGUUCUGGUGCUGUAUGAUAGUGAAUUGAGAAUGCGAGGCAGGAAUACAGCGCUGCUGAUUCUGCUAUUUUUGGCAGGCUUUACCACCGUCUAUAUUCUCCACUCGGGGCCAAAUGUUUUACAACGACUUAAUCGACAGUCUGCAACGGUAAAAGAGUUUCCGAAGACUUUGUCAAAGCUUGAUGAAUACCGCUUGAGGUAUCCAGACCCUUACAAUGACACUGUGGUUCUGCCCUCCAAGGAGGUCAUGCAGAAAAUGGAUCAAGGGGCCUUGGGAGACCUUUAUCACCAGUACAUCAACAGUUUACAGGUGUUUUGUCGGAAGGUGAUACGUCUGGGGAAGCUGGAUGAUGGGGGAUGGGAUUUUUGCGAUGAUAAUAGAUUCCGUCCAAGAAAUAACUGUCUAGUCUACUCAUACGGAAUCCAGUUUGACUUCAGUUUUGAUGAUGCCAUUGUAAAAAAAUACAAUUGUGAAGUGCACGCAUUUGACCCAAGCAUGAGGGUAGGGGAUCACAAACAUGGUGCCAAUGUAUUUUUCCAUGCCACGGGGCUGUCCGGGGAUAAUAUGCCGUCGCGUGGAACCAAUUGGAAAAUGAGGACACUGCAGAAACAGAGAGAGGAACUGGGCCACUCUAAGAGACCAAUAGAUGUGCUGAAGAUUGAUAUCGAGGAAUAUGAAUACCUGGCAGUACCGAACAUGUUGGAAACUGGAAUUCUGAAAGACAUAAGGCAGAUGGCCAUCGAGUUCCACGUUACCCUGAAAACAGACAGAUCAAGAAGAUUUAAGGAAGAACCCCCCAAGGAAAAGUACUUCUUCACUUUAAGUCUGUUCAAGGACCUUUACGAUUUAGGAUUUCGUAUAUUCUGGACACACAGAAACCCCACCUGUAAAUUUUUCUCUAGAAAGGGUAAUGUUGAAAGGGUAACCUGCCAUGAGGUAUCGUUUGUAAAUAUAAACAAUAUGUAAUCGAGAGGUUAAAUGAUCAUUAGUACCUCAGGCGGAUUUCUGAUGUGUUUACCAGUAGUUCAUUGGGAGUCAAAGCAGCAGAUGUUUCCACAUAAACUAUUGACUUUCUGUCUCCAGUUUACUCAUUAUGUCAGCUUUCCAUCAGCAGUUUGUUGCCUGGUUUCCAUACCAAUGAUAUCACAUACAUUUGUAUAAAACCUAAACUCGAAAGUGCUUGCCACAAGGUAAAAUAUUUUUUACUGAACAUCAAUGGAAACUAGCUUUUAUACUUUGGCAUUUGUGUAUGAUACUUGCUGUUCAUCAUACCUGUAGUUAUUUUUCAAGUAUUAUAUAGAUUAGUACUUUGAGUGUAUUAAAGUUUCUCAGCCAGAGUACAGUUUGUUCAGUGGAAGGAGUUACUUCCCUUCACCGGCAGUCAUAGUAUUGAUCAAUAUUUUUACAUCUGCUGGGAAGUUGUCAUCCAUCUUAAUAUUACUGUACGGCGUUGAUAAUCUUCAUAAUUUAACAGUUUUAAGUAAAAACAUUUCUUUGAUUUAUGACAAGUGGUUUAGAGUAGGAAAUUUAUUAUUUACAGGUUUGAAAAUUGAUGUUUUGCACAUUCAAACAUGAUUUAUGUCAGUUUUGAAAACUAUUGAUCUCAUGAGAAAUCUUGUAAAGGAAACUAUCACAUUUUUAACAUGGAUUAAUAUUAUUAUCAUUCACUGCAUUCAGCUAUUUUGCAGCAUUUGAUACACCAUAAUCUUAUCUGGAACACUCUAAGGAAUGGUUACUGUCAAUGUGAUGCCAGUACCUCCAAGUGUGGUUAUUUGAUAUUUUAUCAUAAAUAGGUUUACUUUCUAUGGAAAGUUAUUUGAAGCAUAAAAAAUAUUUUUUUUUACAAAAUAUUAAGGAAUAAAAGUCUAGGUAGGUUGUAUUAUGUAUGUAUUAUGGGAUAAUUUCUGUGUAUAAUCUACAUUCAUUAUUAUAGAAAUUACAGUAGGUUUUUAUUAAUAUGUUUAUAUAACAUUAUUGAGUGUUCCAUUUAUGUCACAAUUUAAAUGUAAUAUUUUACACCAAAUGCACUGAAAACUGCUGAAUGAUACUGGAAAUGGUUAGAAUGCCUUCCCAGAAAUAUUGAAAUACCAGAAUAUUUACCCCAUUAAUGACAAAUACGAAAGCCUUAAAGUGUUUUGUCAUGUACCUCUGUCUUUGGCAUCAUGUGACCUAACAUUCCAGGGUUUUCCUGUCACGGACAAGGCAACUAUUCUUAGACCCCUGUGAAAUGAUCAUGAAUAAUUCAUGAUUUAUCUUGAAUUUGAAUAUGUCAUGAAUAUUAUUCAUGAAGAUGCAAAGAACAUUUUUGGAUUAUGAAUAUUUGUUCAUGAAAAGAAGGGUAAUGAAUAUUCAUGAAUAUUUCUUUUUCAUGAAUAAUUCAUGAAAAGUCAUAUUCAUGAAUAUCCAUCAUUUGUCAAGUACAUAACCCUUGAAGUCAUGUAUUGGGAUGUGAUAUAUGUAUAAUAUGUACCCCCAUAAUUUAAUACAUAUACCUAGACAUUUAUUCCUUAAAUAUACUUCUGUAUUAUGAAAAAUGUAUAGAUUGUUAACAGAAUAACAUUGUCAAGUUUCAUACUUCAAGAAAGAAAUGUCAACCAUUGUGAGAUUAAAAUGUAUCAGAAAGUACAGAUGAACUUUGAUAUCUCGAACAUCGAAUACCAUGGGUAUAAGGUCAAACUGAGUUGGAAGUCCAAACUACAUUUUCUCUAUAUAUUUUAACCUCAAUAUCUUGAACGUUAAGAUAUUUUGAAGUUUUUUCUUGGCCCCAAACGAGUUCGAGAUAAUGAGGUUUGACUGUAUGUUAUUAUUCUCAAAAUAAACUUUCUGUGAGUGAUAUUUUUAGAAUUGAAUACAGUUUGGUUUACAAAAUGUAUUAAAUGUGCCAAUUUUUAUUUUCUUAUAAAGAUCUGAGCUUUAAAUAAUACUCGCAUAUUAUUUUUGAGAUUGUUUUCAAAAUCUCGCAUAAUAUUAAAUUUGCCAUUUUGUGUGUAAAGUUAAGUAAAUUUCUGAUGAUAUUAAAUGUGAAUUCUGGUUUAAUAAUCAGUUGAUAAAUCACCCCUGAUCUAAGUAAGAUGUAACUCAAUGAUAUCCAUUAGAAAAUUGAAUUGCAUGGACACAUAACAAAUGAUCUGAAUCAAGAACUAUUUGUGUAUAAUUCAGAGGCGGAUUUGGUGGGUGGGGGGGUUGGGAUUAGAAACAGCCCCCCCUUCCCUUUUUUUUUUUAAAAUAGUGAUAACUAUGCAUCAAAGCAAGAAGGAACGAGAAUUCCAAUCUGAAAUGAAUUAUAAUUUUGAAUCAAUAAGUCAAGUUUAUUCUUUUUGUUUAAAUUCUGUAAAGGAUGUAGUAACUAUAAAUGAAAGGAACAAGAAUUUCAGUGGAAAAUGCACCAUUUUGAAUCAAUCUUUUUAAAAAAUUUCCUGGCGGGGGGAGAGUCCCCCAGACCCCUCCCUCCCUCUUCGGGCCUCAACCCCACCCACCCACCCCCGUAAGGUCUAGAUCCACCACUGUACUUCUACAUAUUUUGGGAGAUAUGUACUUCUACAUAUUUUGGGAUAUGAGAAAAUUGCACAUUUAGUUUAUGUCAUUAGCAUAUCUGUUGUAAUUGUAGCCUUGGUUAUGUGAUUAUCUGUGUGUUAAGAUAAUUAGUUGCUACUAAAUCCGAUAUGACCAAAAUCAAAGGUUAGCUAUUCUAAAGUGUAUUAGUAAUUUACAAUAUGUUGUAGUAUUUUUUUAAUGUUUCCGAAUAAAUCUGUUUGAUGUGAUAGUUUGAUGGUGUUAAUUUCUGUAUCAGUUUUAACUAGUCAUCAUUUUCAGAAGAAAACAAUGCACAUUUUAUAUUGAGAAUCUCUUUUACACAUACUUUUAAUAUUUUAUUGAACAUGUAGAUUUUUAAAUAGGAAAGCAAUUAACUGUGAUGUUGGAUAGCUAUUGAUGAGAUUUUUUGUUGCUUAUUAGUAAGAUCUUGGUGUUUGUUUGAAAUGGAUACAUUUUUUUAUGGGUGUUGUUUCUGUAUGCUACUAGGCAGUAUGUGAAGAGAGCGCUUUUUAAUUCAUAUUAAAUUCAACAGUCGUAAAAUGAUUGAUAAUUGUUUUUAGGGAAGUUUAUGCUCUAUGAUCUGCAAGACUCCUAUUGAUGUGAGGUUUAGUUCACUUUUGUAACCUUGUGAAUUAUUGUAAUAUGAUAUAAUACCUAAUGCAUGGAUUACGAGAAGAAAUAGAAAUGUACUCGCACAUGUGUUAUUGAAGAUUUACUUGUUAGGUGUUGAUCACCAUUUCAGUUCAGAUGUGCAAGGUUUAGAUUAGAUGCGAGAGGAAAAUCAAAUAUUUUUGCAUUUUUCAUGUUUUGUGAAUCUUUCUUGAAAAGCAUUAUUCCCUCAAAGGUGCCUGUUUUUCUAGUCUAAAAGUGCAAAUGUGAUUUACAUACAAUUUAUUUUUAACUUUUGAUAAACAAUUAAAAUACUUCUGUUCUUUACAUCUAAAUGUAAUUCACAGUCAAUUUGUUUUAUAAUCCCACAUAAUGCAUAGAAUUUUAAAACUCUAAAUCAACAUUAAAUUCAAUUCAACAUCAUUUGACAUGUAUAUUAUUGAUCAUGUAACAAUUUACGUUGGUUAACAUUAAUUGAAUUUAAUGUUACACCAACAUUAAUUUAACAUUAGAAUGAUGUUAGUAUUCAUUUAAAAUGUUAAACUAUUGUAGGGACAAUUGGCUGUGUAUGUACAUGUAGAUUGUAAUAGGAUACUCAUGUUUGUAUUAAAAAAAUCAAAAAUUAGCUUUACAUAUAUAUCUUUUAAGAAUAUAGUCUACAACAUUGCUAUUUGUUCAUGUACAUAUGUGACUAUAAUAUCUGUAACAUAAAAACUAUGUAAGCAUGUAAUAUGGACAUAGCAUAAAUAUGUAUUGUUCACGAAUUAUGCAUGGUUAGUAUAUACAGCAAGUUAAUUAUCAUUGUAUUCUGUGCCUUACGCAUCAUUUAUAUUUCUCAAUAGAAACCGUGAUAAACACUCUGGAGAUCGUA